CGCGUGGAGUGAGGCGAGGGUAAUACAGAGAGAGUUAAGGCAGUGUUGUGUGAGAGUCAGGAUGGUGUGGAUACGCGCGUUUAUCUCCGCUGGUCUCCUGGUGGCGGCUCUCCUGUUGGUCGACGCCCAGUAUGACUAUUCCCUCAGACCUAUCAUAGGAGUGCUCUCCCAGCAUCCCCCAGACAGCAUCUUGGCGGGGCUGGAAGACAAGAACUACAGCUCGUACAUCGCCGCAUCCUACGUCAAGCACCUAGAGAGCGCCGGAGCCAGAGUCGUCCCCAUCCUUAUCCACCAGGAUGAUGAAUACUAUGAUAACCUGGCUACUUCUCUCAAUGGGAUACUCUUCCCGGGAGGCGCUGUGUCUAUCACGCCCUCCAGCGGCUACGGCGCCGCGGGCAGGAUCCUCUAUGAUCUGGUGGUGAAGGCCAACGGGAAGGGAGUCUACCUGCCGCUGUGGGGCACUUGUCUGGGCUUCGAGAUGGUCACCUACUUGGCGGCCAGCAACACCAAGUGGCUGGCCGCGUGCGAUGCCAGCAACAAGGCCGACUCCCUCGACUUGCAAGACGGUUACCUUGACUCGAGGAUCUUUAGCCAGAUGCCGGAGGACAGCGUCACCGCCCUCAGGACCCUCAACGUGACGGCCAACUUCCACCACUGGUGUCUCACUCCACAAAAUUUCAGCAAGUCGGGUUUGUCAGAUGAGUUUAAGAUGCUAGCCACGAGCAAUGACUACAACGGCCUGGAGUAUGUGGCCUUGCUGGAGCACCGAGACCUUCCCAUCUUCGCCUCCCAGUUCCACCCGGAGAAGAACCCCUUCGAGUGGAAGAACGACAAGAGCCAUAAUAACAUUCCUCACUCACCAGAAGCCAUAGAGAUUGCUCAGUCCUUCGCCAACUUCUUCGUCAGUCAAGCUCGCCAGAAUAACCAGAGCUUCUCAGACGAGGAGGAGGAGGAUGCUGCUCUCAUCUACAACUACGAGCCUUUCUACACCCAGGACACCUCAGGCUUCACCCAGGUCUAUCUCUUCCGGUAAAGCAGCGGCACCUUUACAAGAGUUUACCCUGCAGAAACAUCCCCCAUGAAACAACAGCAUGUUCGACCAGACCACACUCUAGAAAGUGAAAGGGACGACGACGUUUCGGUCCGUCCUGGACCAUUCUCUAGUCACAAUCGACUUGAGAAUGGUCCAGGACGGACCGAAACGUCGUCGUCCCUUCACUUUCUAGAGUGUGGUUUGGUCAACAUAUUUCAGCCACGUUAUUGUGACUCCUCGCCUGCAUGAGCAUGUUCAUCCUCUCUCUACGUAAUAAAGAUAUUAAAUAAC